AUGGAAUUGUUAGAAUUUCAGCAAAAACUAGAAGCUGCUCGUGAUAAGAUUGGUCCACAAAGUGGUGUGCCUCCUCCUGUUCCAGGUAUUGUCCCUUCAGGAAUGCCAAAACCACCAAUACUGCUGUCACCACCACCCCCACUGCCGCCACCGCCACCACCACCACAAAGUGGAAUUGUAUCACCACCUCCACCGCCUCCAGGGCUUGUAAUGCUUCCUAACACACCACUACCACCGUCGCCUCCCGGAUUAUUUCAACCCGGUCUGCCACCACCACCUGGCAUAGCUGUUCCGAGCUAUAUGCCUCCGCCGCCAGGUGUUUCCCCGCCACCUAUGCCUUCCACAACAACAGCAGUCACUGAUGGAGAACCGGAGGCGAAAAGACCAAGAGAAUAA